AUGCACAGUUAUCACACAGAAUCGAUAUGGCGUACCAGUUUUCUAGGAAGGGAUGUUUCAAGUGUGGCAAUCACAGCCCGGCCACGAAUCAUCCGCCUGUCCUUCCCCGAGGACAGUUUCCGCAAAACAGUGCUACUCCUGCGGUGGAGUAGGUCACAUUCAGGCCUGAGGAUCCAGCAGAGCGGUAACCAAAAGUGCUACAACUGCGGGCGCUUCGGCCACUUUGCGAGGAACUGUCAGAACCCUGCUGGCGGCGUUGGCGCCGGGUUCGCAUCGCGUGCUCCUCCCCCUGGACGCGCGUUGAACACCUCCACCUUGCCCCCUGUCAAGUGCUACAGAUGCGGCGGACCUAACCAUUUGGCGAGGGACUGCCUUGCCGCUCCUGGCACAGGACUUAACGAGGGCAUCCCCACUGGACCCGCGGCUGCCAACGUCAACAAGAGCAAGACCUGCUACAAAUGUCAACAGGAAGGCCACAUUGCUCGCGACUGCCCCGAGGCCGAGUUUGUUGGUUAA